CAUUAUUUUGGUUAUAAAUGUAGUCUACACAACAGAAAAUCUGAGGAGCCACUUGGGAGCCGAAAGAGCAGGCUCUUUUUGGUGAGCUGAGCCAAAACAACCGGCUCUCUAAAAAGAGCCGGAAUUCCCAUCACUACUGGCUAGCAGACCUCUGGAGCAGGGGCAGCAAUCAGGGAGAAUCCCUCCCCGGUCACCGAGCGCAUGACUUCCGGCGGAAGUAAGUUGCUAGCAGCAGCGUUAUAGCUUGUUCUGUCGCGUCUGAGCUGAAUGUUUCAGGAGUUUCAGCAACCAUGUCUUCAGUUCAGCAUCUGAGAGAGUUCAUCAGCGAGCGCCUAGCUGCUGCUGCUGAGGAAAUAUUCUCCCAGUUUGAGAAAACCAUCGAAGAAGAGCUGGAAGCUCAGCGCAGACUGCUGGAUAUCAGCUGGAAAACAUCCCUCACGGCAGAACUCCCACAGCAUCGUGUUUAUGAACAGGUGGGAAGGACCUGUUGUGUGGAUGUGCAAGAACCAGAACCAGAACCUCCACAGACUGAAAACAGACCAGUUGAAUUCUGGACCAGGCAGGAGGACAAGCACCUUCUCCUGAAGAAGGACCUGGAUGGUUUUCUGUUAGAGUCGAGUUUGGAGGAAGCAUCUGCACUUUCUGAGGAUGUCAUGGUCCAGUUCCAGGACAUGAUGGCAGGUCCAGUCAGCAAGCAGGAUGAGGUUCUGAACAGCCAGCAGCUCAGUGACCAUGACCGGAAAUCCAGUUUGGACCAGUUAGACACUGGACCUCCUUCACAGAGUAAAGGUGACAAAGAAGAACCACAACCUUCACAGUUCAAAGAGGACCAGGUGGACCCAGGACCUCUACAGACGAAAGAGGACCAGGAAGACCUCCACAGCAGUCCAGACCAGGAGCAGCUGGUUCUGAAGAAGGAAGGUGAUGUCUUCAUGGUUACAGUGGAUUGUGAGGAACGUGAUCAGGCUGAAGCAGAACAGAGCAGUUUGGUUCUGUCCUCUCAAAAAGUAGAAGGCAGUUUGGAUCCAGAUGGUAUUGGACCCUAUUCCUGCAGCACUUGUGGGAAAAGCUUCUCUGACCUUUCAUCUCUGAAGUUCCACCAACAAACUCACCAGGACGAGAAGCCGUACUCUUGCCAGACGUGUUUGAAAAGCUUCGGUCGGCGUGACAGCCUGUUGCGUCACAUGAUCACUCACACCGGAGAGCGACGGUACUCCUGUCAGAUCUGUGGAGACCGCUUCGGCCUGAACAGUCACCUGUUGCGUCACAUGAGAACUCACACAGGUGAGAAGCCCUUUUCAUGUCAGGUGUGUCUGAAAAGCUUCAGCCAGAGCAACAGUCUGACGGAUCACAUGAGGAUCCACACGGGGGAGAAACCCUACUCCUGUGAGGAGUGUGGGAAGCGUUUCGUCCAGCGGGGGGCUCUGAACGUCCACAUGAGGACUCACACCGGAGAGAAACCGUUCUCCUGCAGCAUGUGUGGGAAAGGUUUCAGCGCCAGCACCAGCCUGCUGCACCACAUCAGAACUCACACCGGGGAGAAGCCGUUCUCCUGUAAACAAUGUGGGAAGAGAUUCAGUCAAAACAGCAACCUGAUGUCCCACAAGCGAAGCUCCCACAUGUGACGUUCUGACGGGUUCUGCCCUCGUUCAGGGUCCAGUGAAGGGCUUGCAUUUACAUAACGAUAAUUUUAUGUGUGUCUCUGUUCACUGUAAUCCAAAUAAACCCAACGACGUGUUCCAACCCACAACACCAUGACAGAAGUUAGAAAACUCACAACACACCGGUUUCUGUAAAAGAGGCAGUGGUCGCCUGGCAAGCCAUCCUAUACAUGUGAAUACAGGGAGUGCAGAAUUAUUAGGCAAAUGAGUAUUUUGUCCACAUCAUCCUCUUCAUGCAUGUUGUCUUACUCCAAGCUGUAUAGGCUUGAAAGCCUACUACCAAUUAAGCAUAUUAGGUGAUGUGCAUCUCUGUAAUGAGAAGGGGUGUGGUCUAAUGACAACAACACCCUAUAUCAGGUGUGCAUAAUUAUUAGGCAACUUCCUUUCCUUUGGCUAAAUCAGUCAAAAGAAGGACUUGACUGGCUCAGAAAGGUCAAAAAUAGUGAGAUAUCUUGCAGAGGGAUGCAGCAGUCUUAAAAUUGCAAAGCUUCUGAAGCGUGAUCAUCGAACAAUCAAGUGUUUCAUUCAAAAUAGUCAACAGGGUCGCAAGAAGCGUGUGGACAAACCAAGGCGCAAAAUAACUGCCCAUGAACUGAGAAAAGUCAAGUGUACAGCUGCCAAGAUGCCACUUGCCACCAGUUUGGCCAUAUUUCAGAGCUGCAACAUCACUGGAGUGCCCAAAAGCACAAGGUGUGCAAUACUCAGAGACAUGGCCAAGGUAAGAAAGGCUGAAAGACGACCACCACCGAACAAGACACACAAGCUGAAACGUCAAGACUGGGCCAAGAAAUAUCUCAAGACUGAUUUUUCUAAGGUUUUAUGGACUGAUGAAAUGAGAGUGAGUGUUGGUGGGCCAGAUGGAUGGGCCCGUGGCUGGAUUGGUAAAGGGCAGAGAGCUCCAGUCCCACUCAGACGCCAGCAAGGUGGAGGUGGAGUACUGGUUUGGGCUGGUAUCAUCAAAGAUGAGCUUGUGGGGCCUUUUCGGGUUGAGGAUGGAGUCAAGCUCAACUCCCAGUCCUACUGCCAGUUUCUGGAAGACACCUUCUUCAAGCAGUGGUACAGGAAGAA